AUGGAACAGCUUUGCAACCAUAAGCCCAAUGGAUUCCAGUUUAUCCAGCCUGGGACACAGAAACGGACUCUGGAAGAUCCCGACAACAACCCAGUCCGUGCCUCUAUCACAGCCGAAACGAAUGGACGUCCCAUAUACACCACAAGCCAACAGUCUUUCAUUCAGUACAUUCCGCCAGUCUGUGGAGACCCAAAGUAUGUCUCCAGCACACCAUCGAAGCGGGAUGCUCAGGAUAAGCAACAGACUGCAGACCUGCUGCAACAGGAAGUACAACAGCUGCAGGCUAAAGUGCAGCGCAGCAUAGAGGAGAGUGAACGUCUGCGCAGACUCUCUCUAGAGCUGCAGUUCCAGAAGAGACUGGAGGAGUUCCAGCAGAAUGGUGAAGAGGAUGAUGAUUAUGAGAGCGAUUCGGGGGCAGGACGGAAGUGGUUUCAGACAGGAAGUGAUGUAGUGCGGAACUGUGAAAACACUGAAACGCCCGCUGACCAGCAAAAGGAAAGCCCCUUUACUAAAGAAGCCAGUUUGAAAGACGGAGUCAAAUGUGAAUCUACAGGAUACGACAAAACGUCAUCUGAGAAGUUCCGUUCUGGUGAGGUAGAUCACAAAAGCUUCAAAACACGACGAGCCCCAGAGAAUCUGACCUUUAAGGAGCGCCAGCAGCUGUUUUCUUUGGCAAUGGUCACUUCAAGUAAAGUCAAAGUGUCCUGAUGAAAAGGCAAGCCUCAGAGACUGUCAGUCAUUCGGACAAUAGUGUCUUAAAGGAUAAACAAGGUUUUAUGUUUCAUGAUUUGUUUCUAGACCGCUGCAUGCAAGCUGUAAAAUUGUGUACACAUAAGGUAACUGAGCCACUUUUUCAUUUCUGUGACUACAGAUGACCAGCUUUAUCUGAAUUCACCAGUAUUUUUCACAUAGUGUCACUAAAAAAAGU